UUUCCUGCUAAUGAAGGCCCUGAGAAGAAGCAAUAAUGGCCCCUCUAAGUUCCUGCUUACCCAUAUGAGAGACCUGGAUUGAGUUCCUGGCUCCUGGCUUUGGCUCCAGCCAUUGCAAGAAUUUGGGAAGUGAACCAGGUAAUGGGAGUGCACUCUGUCGAUUUGUUUCUAAAAUAAAUAAGUAAAUAAAUACUACUUUUGAAAUUGUAAAAAUCCAAGGAGUAUGGUAGUAGAAAAAGGACAUACAUAAAUACAUGGAUGGAAAAUGGGGAGCAUCAGAUACAUGUUCUCACAUGUGACGAUAUGGUUAGAUGAUGUGAUAAAGAUACAAAAAUAAUUCAGUGAAAAAAAGAUAAACCUUGAAUAAUACUGGAAAAUUGUAUGUUUAUUUCCAAAAUAAUGGAUUUUAAUGUAUUCUGCACACAAUUUACAAAAACUCAGUAUGGAUUAUAGGCUUAAAUAUAAAACUUCUAGAAGAAAACAUGGAAAAAGUCUUUGUGAUUCUUGGUUACUCAAAGAUCCCUUAACUUCAGAGUCAAAAGCAGCACUAUCCAUUAAAAAUACCAUGCAAAUUAGACUGUUAGAACUAGAAUCUUCUGUUUGAAAAAUAGUUUCAAGAGAAUGAAAAGAUAGGCCACAAAUGGGGAGAAAAUGUCUGCUAAGCACAUGCUGUUACAGGGCUUGUAUCUAGAAUAUAAAAAGGAAAAUUUAAAACUCAGUGAAAAAACCCAUUGUGAAGCAAAAUGUUUUGAAGAAACACUUUUCCAAAGAAGACAUCCAGAUGGGAAAUGAGAGUAUGAAAAAAAUGCCCACCAUAUUAGUAAUUAGGGAAAAGAAAAUUAAAACUGCAAUGCAAUACUAAACAAUUAUUAGAAUGUCUAAAAAUAAAAAGAACUAACCCUGUGCAGGGAAUUGGUGAAGGCCCGAGAUAAGAAGUCUCAUGCUGUACUGGUAGGAAUUCAGAAUGCAACAGCUACUUUCAAGCAGGGAUUUGGAAUUUCACUUAAAUAAAUGGAAGUUUUUUUUAUUUGAAAGGAAGAGAGGGAGAGAGACAGAGACAGACAGGCAGAUCUCCGAUUUGCUGGUUCACUUCCCAAAUGCUCAGAGCAUCCAGGGGUGGGCUAGGCAAACGGCAGAAGACAGAAGCUGGUAAAUCAAUGCUUGGUCUCACGUGGAUGACAGGAUAGAAUUUGACCUAUCAAAUUCUGCCUCCCAGGAUGUGCCUUAAUAGGACACUAGAAUGGACUUGAAUCCAGGCACUCUGAUAUGGGAUGUGAGCAUUAUGAGCAGUGGCUUAACCACUGCACAAAAAGCCUGCCCUAGACUGAAAAUUUGCUAUAAAGGUAAACAAACAUUAAUCAUACACCCCAGAAAUUCUUCUCCUAUGUACUUACUCAAAAAAUGUAAAUAUGUUUAUACACAAGUACAAAAAAGCCUGUGUGUUAAUGUUUAUGGUAGCUUUAUUCAUAAUAGUCAAAACAAGUAAACAGUGCAAAUGACCUUUGACCUGUAAAUUGAUAAAUGAUGGCAUAUUUACACAAUGGAAUCCUACUCUGCACUCUAAAGGAAUGAACUAUGGAUAUGCAAAAACAUACAUUAUAGUAAGUAAAAUAAUAAAAAUUCAAAGGGUUACAUACUGUAUGACUUCUUUCUGGAAAGGAUGAAUCUAUGAAGACAGAAAAAAGUCAAUUAUUGGCUAGGUAUUGAGAAUGGGGUAAGAGUUAACACACAGAAGCAUAUGGCAAUAUUUGAGGGUGGUUAUUCAAUUAUAUGUAGUCAACAAAACAUAAGGGGCCUGAGUAUUCUCAAAAGGAGAAAUAGAAAUUGCCAAGAGAUAUAUGAAAAAAUGCUAUAUAUCACUAGCUAUAAAUGGAAAUACAAAUUAAAACAGCUUUAUCAAUUCGCCCUUGUUAGAAUGGCUAUUAUCAAGAAAAGUUACAAAUGCAAUCAAGAAUGUGAAUUCUUGUUAUACACUGUUGGUGGAAAUGUAAAUUAGUACAGUCUCAAUGGAAAAUAUAGGAAUUUAUUUUUUAAAGGAUUUAUUGAAAGUUAUUUUAUUUAGUUAUUUUACUUAUUUCAAAGUCAGUUUACUUGAAAGUCAGAAAAGGAGAGGCAGAGAGGGAGACAGAGGUCUUCCAUCUGCUGGUUCACUCCCCAGAUGGCCACAAGAGCUGGGACUGUGCCUGACACCAGGAGCCAGGAGCUUCUUUUGGGUCUUCCCCGCGGGUGUAGGGGCUCAAGGACUUGGGCCAUCUUCUACCGCUUUCCUAGGCCAUAGUAGAGAGCUGCAUGAGAAGUGGAACAGCUGGGACUCGAACUGGUGCCCAUAUGGGAUGCCGGCACUGCAGGAGGCGACUUUACCCACUGUGCCACAGCGCUGGCCCUGUGAAUUUCUUUAUAAACUAGAAAUACAACUAGCAUGUGAUCCAACAAUCCCAUUACUGAGUAAAUAUACAAGUCAUGAACUCUUUGUAUCAAAGAUACCUGCAGUGUUCAAAAUAGCCAUGAUGUCCAUGAUCAGAUGAACGGAUAAAGAAAAUGUGUAAAUACACAAUGCAACACUACUCAGCCUUACAAAGAAUAAAAUGUUGACAUUUGCAGCAAAAUAGACAGAAACAGAAGAUAUCAUGUCAAGUGAAAUAAGUCAGAAACACAAACAAAUACUACAUGUUGUCCCUCAUUCAUUGGAGCUAAAAAGAAGAAAACACAAUCUGAGCACAGAAUCUUGAUUGCUACCAGCUGAAAGGGAUAGGAAUGAUGGAAGGGGUUUGAAUUAAGAAAAAUAUAGGGAAAGCUGGAUGUAGUUUAUGGGUUCUGGCAAAUAUUAGAAACAUACCAGGGGACUCCAAUUUAAUCCCAUCAAGGUGGCAUGUACCAAUGCCAUCUCACUAGUCCAAGUGAUCAUUUUCAGUUCACAAUCGAUCAUAAUGAAAGGACUAAGAGUCAAAGGGAACACAUAAACAAGUCUAGUACCUGCUAAUAAUAACUGAUAGAAUAAAUAAAGGGGAGAGUGAUCCAACAUGGGAAGCGAGAUAAUCAGCAGACUCAUAGAAUGGCGGAUGUCCUAAACAGCACUGUGGCCUCAGAAUCAGCCCUAAAGGCAUUCCAAUCUGGCUGAAAAGCCCAUGAGAGUAUUUCAGGCAUGGAAAGCCAAGACACUCUGGCAAAAAAAAAAAAAAAAAAAAAAAAAAACUAAAUGAAAGAUCUCUGAGUGAGAUCCCAGUGGAAAGAACAGGUCUUCAAAGAAGGAGGUACCUUUCUCUGAAGGGAGGAGAGAACCUCCACUUUGACUAUGACCUUGUCUAAACAAGAUAAGAGUCGGAGAACUCAAGGGGCUUCCAUAGCCUUGGAAACUCAUGACUGGUGCAUAGGGUGAUUACUGAUGCCAUAAACUGGAGUGUCAAUUUGUGAAGUCAACAACAGGAGUCACUGUGCACUUACUCCUCAUGUAGGAUCUCUGUCCUUAAUGUGCUGUACAUUGAGACUUAAUGCUAUAAUGAGUACUCAAACAGUAUAUUUCACUUUGUGUUUCUAUGGGGGUGCAAACGGUUGAAAUCUUUACUUAAUGUAUACUAAACUGAUCUUCUGUUAAAAAAAAAAAAAAAAAGAAAUUAUCAAUUCCCAAGUUGACUCUCACUGGGAUUAAACAUGACAAUAGGUCUGAUCUGAUUUCAUCAUCAUUUAAAAAAUCAUCUAUUAUUUUUCACUUUAUGUUUCUGUGUGGGAGCAAACUGUUGAAAUCUUUACUUAAUGUAUGCUAAACUGAUCUUCUGUAUAUAAAGAGAAUCGAAAAUGAAAAAAAAAUAAAAUUUUAAUAAUAGGGAAACUGGGUGUAGAAAAAAUAGGAACUCUGAACAAUUACAUAAUUUUUAUAAGUGUAAAACUAUUCUAAAAUAAAGAGUUAUACUUAAUGGCCAGCACUGUAGUGUAGUAGGCAAAGCUGCUGCCUGCAGUGCUGGCAGCCCAUAUGUGCGCCGGUUCGUAUCCCGACUGCUCUACUUCCCAUCCAGCUCUCUGCUGUGGCCUAGUAAAGCAGUAGAGGAUGGCCCAAGUCCUUGGGCCCCUGCACUCGCAUGGGAGACCAGAGAAAGCUCCUGGCUCCUGGCUUCGGAUCCACUCAGCUACUGCCAUUGCAGUGGAUGGAAGUGCGCUCUCUCGCUCUUUCUCUCAUGCUCGCUCGCUCUAACUCUGCCUUUGAAAUAAAUAAAUCUUUUUUUAUAAAGUUAUUUUUAAUGUAAUUUCUAAGUUUGAUUACACAAGAGACCAUUUCGCUUUUUACUAAAUACACACUGAAGAGCAAGUGAUAUAGCAAAUUAAAUUAUUAAGAAUAAGUUACUCUUGGGUGAGCAUUACUGGAUAGUCACACUAUUGUUACAUUUGUAAUUUCUCCAAAUUUGAAACAGUUCAAAAUAAAGCAUAAAAACAUGAUUUAGAAAAAAGGAAGUGAAUUUAACAUCAUGUAAAUCACACUGCAAAACAAUAAAAAUUUUAAAUAAGGGUACUUUUAUUGUGCCCCAUGCUAGAAGUGAAAUUAGUUCCUAUGAUCAAGGAACGAAAACACCAACAUCCCUGAGCUUUAAGUUGUGAAGAUGCUAUGCAUAAACUUCCCUGUUGUUACCAAUUAUUUCUCAAAUGCAGUGGUAGUAUUUUGGACUAUCAUACUUUUAUCACUUGGUUUCUAGACCCACAAAUUCUACCUAAUUGGAUUUGCAGCACUAUGCAGAGAUUGCAUCUGAGAUGAACCUUGGAGGAGCCAGGUGUAACAGGCUUACACAGUGAGAAGAUUUCCAGACCUGACAACUUACAACAGCCCAAACUUUGAGGGAAGAAAAAUGCACAAAUAUUCUUCAGUCUGUUUCAUUGGAGCAUCAAAGCCUUGAAAUCAAAAAUAAAGAAUCAAAGAGCAGAGCUGUUGAGGAACAAAAACAUAAAUCAGAUACCUAAAACAGCUCUGUAUGGACCAGGCCAAAACUGGGAACCAGGAACUCAAAUCUGGGUCUCUCUUGGGAAGCAAGAACCCAACUAGUCGGGCCAUCACCUAUUGCCUUCCAGGUGCAGAAUUUCAGAGUGGACUAUCAAGUCUUUAGUGUGAAGAUACGUCUAUAUUAAACCAGAAAUCAUUGGCCAAUAGUAGUUCAACAAGAAUAUUUGGAAAAUUACACAUCUGUGAAAGUCAAUCAUGGAAAUCAAAGAGGAAGGAACGUCAGAAGAAGGCCAGCACUUCCUUCCAGCACAGGCAAAUGAUACCGGGGACUUUCAGUUCACCAGCAUUCCGAAGACUCCAAAUGAGCCACAGUUGGAAUUCAUCCUUGCAUGCAAGGAUCUUGUGGCUCCUGUCCGUGAUCGGAAACUGAAUACAGUGGUGCAGAUCUCAGUAAUCCACCCUGCUGAGCAGAGUCUGACAAGAUACGCCAGCACUGAAAUUGUGGAGGGAACAAGAGACCCACUGUUUCUGACGGGUGUCACAUUCCCAUCUGAGUAUCCCAUCUAUGAAGAGACCAAAAUAAAACUAACAGUCUAUGAUGUCAAGGAUAAGUCUCAUGACACUAGGCAGAUAUUCAAACCAAUACUUACUUGGUUUUCUUCAACCUUCAAUUUGUGUGUCAGCCAUCAUGCAAGGCUUCAAGUACUUCAUAAAGAUAAGGACUGUCCUUUUCCUCCAGAGCACUGGCCAAAAAAUAAUCAGGUCCGAACCUGUGUCCUCCCUGAACACAAGGACCCCCCUCCAGAAGUUGGGCGAAGCUUCUUGGGCUAUGCCAGUUUUAAAGUCGGGGAGCUAUUGAAGUCAAAGGAGCAACUGCUGUCCCUGAGCCUGAGAACUUCAGAUGGUGGCAAAGUGGUUGGCACCAUAGAAGUCAGUGUUGUGAAGAUGGGGGAGAUUGAGGAUGGGGAAGCCGACCACAUCACAACAGAUGUGCAGGGACAAAAGUGUGCACUAGUAUGGGAAUGUACAGCCCCAGAAAGCGUGAGCAGGAAAGAUAACUUACCUUUUUUGAAUACAGUAUUAAGGAACCCAGUAUGUAAAUUAUAUAGAUUUCCUACAUCUGACAAUAAGUGGAUGAGAAUCCGGGAGCAAAUGUCAGAGAGCAUACUUUCUUUUCAUAUUCCUAAGGAAUUGAUUUCCCUUCACAUAAAAGAAGAUCUGUGUAGAAACCAGGAGCUAAAAGAACUUGGUGAACUUUCCCCACACUGGGACAAUCUACGAAAAAAUGUCCUUACUCACUGUGAUCAAAUGGUGAACAUGUAUCAAGACAUUUUGACGGAACUUAGCAGGGAAACAGGGUCUUCUUUUAAAUCAAGCAGCAGCAAAGGAGAGAAAACAUUAGAAUUUGUUCCAGUAAAUCUGCAUUUGCAAAGAAUGCAUGUACACAGCCCUCACCUGAAAGAUGCUCUCUACGAUGUCAUCACUGUUGGAGCCCCAGCUGCCCAUUUUCAGGGAUUUAAGAAUGGUGGUCUUCGGAAGCUACUCCAUCGAUUUGAAACAGAAAGAAGAAAUACUGGAUAUCAGUUUAUUUACUACUCUCCUGAAAACACAGCCAAAGCAAAGGAAGUUCUCAGCAACAUCAAUCAGCUGCAACCUCUUAUAGCAACCCAUGCAGACCUACUGCUUAAUUCUGCGAGCCAGCAUUCUCCAGACAGCUUGAAGAAUUCUUUAAAGAUGCUUUCAGAAAAAACAGAGCUUUUUGUACACGCCUUCAAGGAUCAGCUGGUCAGGAGUGCUCUUUUAGCACUCUACACGGCACGACCAGGAGGCAUCCUUAAGAAACCCCCCUCUCCUAAGAGCACAGCGGAGAGCAGCCCCCAGGAGCAGCCCCAAGCUGUGAAAAGGCAGGAUUCCAUACCACAUCAUUCGGACUAUGAUGAGGAAGAGUGGGACAGGGUGUGGGCCAAUGUGGGGAAGAGCCUGAACUGCGUAAUAGCUAUGGUGGAUAAAUUGAUUGAAAGAGAUGGUGGCAGUGAAGGCAGCGCUGGCAGCAAAGAGGGAGAAAAGGACGCGUCACUAGAAGACUCCAUCACAUCUCAUCCAAGGGAGGACUGGUAUGAACAGUUGUACCCCCUGAUCCUCACCCUGAAGGACUGCAUGGGAGAAGUGGUGAACCGAGCCAAACAGUCCCUGACAUUUGUGCUGCUCCAGGAACUUGCAUACAGCUUGCCCCAGUGUCUGAUGCUGACGCUAAGAAGAGACAUCGUCUUCAGCCAAGCACUUGCUGGAUUGGUUUGUGGUUUUAUCAUCAAAUUGCAUUCAAGUUUAAAUGACCCUGGAUUCCUGCAGCAGCUUUAUACAGUGGGGUUGAUAGUACAAUAUGAAGGAUUGCUGAGUACCUACAGUGAUGAAAUUGGAAUGCUAGAGGACAUGGCUGUUGGCAUUUCAGAUUUAAAGAAAGUAGCUUUUAAAAUCAUUGAAGCCAAAACCAAUGAUGUCUUGCCAGUCAUAACAGGAAGACGUGAACAUUAUGUGGUAGAAGUCAAGCUUCCGGCCAUGAUGUUUGAGUCGCUACCUCAACAGAUUAAAGAAGGGCAACUGCUUCAUGUGCACCCAGUUCUUUUUAAUGUUGGAAUCAAUGAGCAGCAAACUCUUGCUGAGAGAUUUGGAGAUGUCUCUUUGCAAGAAAAUAUUAAUCAGGAAAAUUUUGAACUUCUAAAAGAAUAUUAUAAAACAUUUAUGGAAAAGAUGCCUCCUGAUUACAUUUCACAAUUUCAAGAACAGCAUGAUGUUAAAGGAUUACUAGAUAAUCUUCAUCAAAAUAUACAAGCCAAAAAAAGAAAGAAUGUGGAAAUCAUGUGGUUGGCUGCAACGAUUUGUCGCAAGCUAAACGGUAUUCGUUUCACCUGUUGUAAAAGUGCCAAAGACAGGACGUCGAUGUCAGUGACCCUGGAACAGUGCACGAUCCUGAGGGAUGAGCACCAGUUACACAAGGACUUCUUUAUCCGGGCCCUGGACUGUAUGAGAAGCAGACAAACCCAGGGAGCACUGAGUGAAUCCGAUGAUCCUGAGACAGGCUGUCUAACUGACAACAAGCCAACUUCUCGACACUUCUACCCUGUCGCCUUGCUGCUUGUCAGCUCGCACCUGCUAGUUGUGUGGCUCAUUUUAAGUCUUGCAUUACUAUUAGCCAAAUACCAAUAAGUUUUAUGUUGUACUUCUUUCUUUUCUACAAAUGAAAAUGGACUUUAAAUUAUGGGGACAAUGCUGUAAUAUUUCUACAUUUUCAGGUUCACAGAAUUUAAAACAAUGUUUGAAUUGUAAGUGUCUUUGGUUUUCCUAAAAUUUAAGAAACAAAAAGUACUAUGCAUUAAGUGAAUUAUUUUGCUCUUUUGUUCAUGGAAAAGUGUUUCCCACUGUUCACUUGCUCAAUAAUUUUUAAAUUAUUGUCUUUGGAAAAAAGACAAAGAACAGAAUCCUGAAAGCUUGAAGUUCUGAACCUCCACUUCUUCUCCCCAUGAAAUUGAUUAAGGAAAUUUAGACCGAAUUUGCACAACACUCUGAAAUCCUGAGACAAGUCCUAGAGAUGUGGGAGGUUACAGACUUUAUUUUCACUGUGCCAACAUCGUAGUUGUCAUCAGCUGAUAGAAACUUCUGUUUGGUUUUCUAAUCUGUUUCAUUUCUUUGCUGCAAUUAACCUUUUAUGUCAAGUAACUUUAUGACAAGAAUGGCUAUUUAUGUUUUGUAAUUAAAUUAACCUGUUUGUAACUAUUGUUUGGGUUGAUUUGGCUUUCAGAGUACUUUUCUAUUCUUUUUAACAAAGUCUUGUUUGUGUCUUGAUGCACCACUUUUAGCACCUGUGACUUUUGUACUGUCUGUGGAGAAGCACUCUUCCCUUACAAAACUGAGACUUGGAACAGGCUGUUCGGAAAGCCAUUUUCUCUCUUCAUUGCACAGCUAAAAUAAUGAAAUAAAAUAGAAAUGAAACUUUCCUUUAAAAAUCUAUAGGGCCAGACUUAAUCAAUUAAAUGCCUUAUUCCUAGAACCUGCAUCCUUAGGGCUACAUAUAGAUUUUAAUGUGUUUUAAAGAGAGUGAGAAAUUAAUUUAUGGAAAAGUUAUAAAAUGGCAGAUAUAUUUAUGAAACUGAAGUGAAGCUGUAUUGUGGAUCAAAUUAUAUUUAAAGAGUUUAUUAAACUUUAAAUAUAUGUUAAGAGCAAAGAGACUUUAAUCAUCUCUUUCCGAAGGCAAUAAUGGUAUUGGGCCUGGCCUAGGAUUUAAUUUUGUAAGAUGUAUCAUCACUUGUGAAAAAAAAAUGUAGAGUUGACUCUUUGUUAUUUUUACCUGGACUGUUGACACAACUCUGCAUUGAACA